AUGUGGGCGAAUGUAAGCCCAACGGAACUCCAUUUUACUUACGGUAUACGGGUUCCUGGUGACCGUGGUGACACAGACGGUGAUAUUGAUUGGGACGAGUUGAGGGUGAAGUAUUUCGAUACGGAUCUCUUAAGCUUUGUCAAGGAUAGCGUGCCACUGUUGGAAAGCGCUAAGGAGGAGUUUACGGUUACCUUGAGGGAGUACUUGGAGCUAUGGCGCAUGCGUCAAGAGAGAAAUCUUGAGCGUAUGGCUAUGACUGAAGAUC